CCCCCCCCCCCGCCCGCCGAACAAAAUGGUCGACAUCCUCCCCCUAAGCAGCUACCCCUCGUACAUCGACCUCCUCCCCUCCAUCCAAACCUGCAACAUCACCAACCUCCCCGAGAACUACUUCCUAAAGUACUACCUGUACCACGCGCUGACCUGGCCGCAACUGUCCUUCGUGGCGGUGGUGCGGCCCAAGAACGGCUACAGCAAGCAUGGCGGCAGCGACAGCUACCCCAAGGUCGUCGGCUACGUGCUGGCCAAGAUGGAGGAGGAGCCCACGGACGGGGUCGCGCACGGCCACAUCACCUCGCUGAGCGUGAUGCGCACGCACCGCCGGCUGGGGAUUGCGGAGCGGUUGAUGCGGAUGAGUCAAAGAGCAAUGGCCGAGUCCCACCGCGCGCAAUACGUCUCGCUGCACGUGCGCGUCUCCAACACCGCCGCCCUGCGCCUCUACCGCGACACCCUGGGCUUCCAGGUCGAGUCCGUCGAGAGCAAGUACUACGCCGAUGGCGAGGACGCCUACGCCAUGCGCAUGGAUCUGUCGGAUAUGUGGGUCGACUGGGCCAAGAUCGAGCGCGAGGACCGCGAGCGCGCCGCCAAGGAGGAGAAGGACGGCGAUGAGGGCGAGCCCGUCGGCGAGCUGGGCAAGGCCGACGACGGCGACAAGAAGGAUCAGGAGAAGAUGGUGCGUGUCAAGGUCGGCCGCGGCCUGGGGGUCGGCGAUCUGGUCGAGAAGAAUGAGGCGGCGCAGGCGAGUAACUAGUGCUGCCAUCUCCUUGGAAUCUACCCAAAAAAAAGCGUUUAGAGAGUCAAAGGUUGGAAGGUUACAACUCCAAAACGGUUACCGUUGCGGCCAAAAUGCUUGUAUGUACAGUACAACACAACUCCACAUAAGAAUGCCUCCGACUUUCAACCCAAUACACAAGUAGACAAGACAGACCGACGACACCUUGCUAUGCAUAUCCCAUCCCGCUUGCUAAUUCGACACGACGCUAACCUGACUACGUUAUGCUGAGGCCCUCGUUUUAUGCUCACCCUAUCUGCGUCCCAACGGACCUCGUUUCCCUUCACCUGCAUUCUUUGCAUCGGCUGACUUCCCAGUCCCCUUGUCCGACGAAGCGGACUUCUUAUCACUACUCUCAG